AAUAGGGGGGGUUAUGAAGCUAAGCUGCCAGAGAGGAAAGAUUUCAGACAGGAAAUGAAGAGAAGGACGGACGAGAGGACAGCUCCGUGCCUAAUCUCAUUACACCAAACAAGCGAGUCGUGUUCGCGAUAUAAACCUCGCGUGCCAAGAAUGUGCAACAGGCAGCUAUAACAUCCCACUGAUAAUACCACUACGGCUAGCAGUACCAUUAGUGCUGCUAGUAGUGCGAGUAGUAGCAGUAUCUGAGGAACUGAAUGAGCAUCUCCCAGAUACACGGGUUAUCAAAGAUGAGAUUGGCAUUUCCAGCAAUCCCUGCUCUGCCAUGUCAUGAGGUUGCAUCGGCGCCUCUCUUCAAACCAAUGCGACGCCACGCCUCGGCUUCCUCUCUGUCUCCGGCUCUCCUCCCCAGAAGCAAAACGCGCGCUACGGGGGUAGCCUGUCAGGAUCUGGUUACCACCCCCAUUCAGCCGCGGCGGGCCGUGGGCCACGAUCACAGGCCACACCACUGCCCGUCAUUGCAAAGUCUUUUCGGGGCGACUCCCCAAUUCUGCGAAAGUGUGACACCAUCUCCACGUCUCCGCGGUUGAAGUUACUCCGUAUGUAGGCAUUCUAUCACAUACUUGUGCCCGGCUCAUACAGUACUUGUAUGG